CACAGCCGCAGUUGCCCACGGAGCUUUCCGGGUUCGUCAAACGGCGUGUUUCACUCAUCGGCACUGGACAGGUGUUCGUCUAAAUGACCGGUGUUUGAGUUGUUUGUUUUUAUUCAACAGCUUUAAAAUCACCAUGAGAGGCCUGUGGAGUUAUCGGCUCUGCUGCAGUUCACCACCCCCCAACAACAACAACAACAACAAGAGCAGAGUCAGCAGAGCGACGCGCAUUAUUUCUCUUGAUAUGUGCUUUCCUUAGGAGGGCGUAGACGUUUCAGUGUGGGUUUAAAUCCCUUGCUGUUGCGAUUUUCUGCUCUCACACAUCGGAAACUAGCAGCGACAUCCCAAGGAGGAGCGUCCGUAGGCUACCCCUGGUGUUUAUUACAAGAGAGGACGCACCGCGAGUCAGAGACUGACAAGAGCAAACAUGUUCGAGGCGAGAGGAAUCUCCUUUGUCCUGCUGGACAUAGCCUGUCUUAUCAUAGGAGGCCUGCCUCUGGCAGCCUUUAACCUGGGUAAGAUCCACCCCUUUCAGAGGGGCUUUUUCUGUAACGACGACAGCAUCAUGUACCCUUUCCACAAGAGUACAAUCACCUCCACAGUGCUCUACACUGUGGGCUUCGCGCUGCCCAUUAGCUGCAUGAUCAUUGGCGAGUGCCUUUUAGUUCAUCUAAAGCGCAUCAAAUCCAAGUCCUCGUUCGGCAGCUACAUUGCCUGUGUUUACAAAGCCAUCGGUACCUUCCUUUUCGGCGCUGCCAUGAGCCAGUCUCUGACCGACAUUGCCAAGUAUUCUAUUGGCCGGCUCAGACCACACUUCCUGGAUGUGUGCAAACCUGAUUGGACACGUAUCAACUGUUCAUCAGGGGCUUAUAUUGAAGACUUCCCCUGCACUGGAGACCCGACGAGUGUCACUGAGGGCAGGCUUUCCUUCUAUUCCGGCCAUUCCUCUUUUUCCAUGUACUGCAUGCUGUUCCUGGCUCUGUACCUGCAGGCUCGACUCCAGGCUGAAUGGGCGAGGCUACUGAGACCGACAAUCCAGUUUUUCCUGAUUGCUGCCUCAGUCUUCACAGGAUUGUCCAGGGUGUCCGAUUAUAAACAUCACUGGAGUGAUGUGCUGACUGGACUCCUGCAGGGUGCCCUCAUGGCAAUCCUGGUGGUCUUCUUUGUGUCUGACUUUUUCAAGCCACACAAAGAGUCCCAUAAAGAAGAGGACAUCCCGCACACAACCCUGCAGGAGACCCCAACAAAUGGAAACCCACUUUGAGAGUCCCAAUUAAGCUAAUCAACAGGUGGAGGAUGAUACCUCUGCUCUGUCCCAAAUGCACACCCUCCAGGAUCCCAGCUCUCUAGCCUUUCAUCUCAUGCCAAUUCCCAAUCGACACCCUGCAUGGAUUUACACUGUACUUGAUUUUACUUCAAGGAAGAAAGUGGAUGACAUGUGCAUCACCCAGAAGUAACCUUUGGAAGCUACACCUCAGGACUGUUCAGAUUUUAAAACUUUAUAAUUUUAGGUAAUUUGCUGUCUUGUCCACCAAUUCUCCACCUGGAAGGAAAGUGUUGAGACUACCUGUCCAAGCCUCAUAGGUUAGGGGCUAGAGAUUCUGUAAGGACAGGAGCCAUUAAGCAUGUAUCUACUGAGCUGGUGGGAAGACUUAACUGCAGGCACCCACUCAAGGGUCUGACCACUGCUGAGAGAGAGAGGAGGGUUGGAAACCUGUGAAUGUAACCUCGCUUUGUGCUUUUUCCUGACCUGGAGUCAGUCUGUUCAAGGAUCUGAUGGGGUCAGUUUUUAGGUCGACUCCAGCACCCAGAGACACGUCUGAGUCUCAUAACUGUUGCCUUAAGUCCAGUGUUAAUUAAAGGGCUAAUUAUAAGAGGAAUGUUUGCUUCUCAAGGCUUGAAUGUGCUGGAGGCUAUAGCUGGUCCUAAACCACUGCUUCACAUCUGGAGCUGCUGACUCCAGGCCACUGCCACCUUAUUCUCCAACUGUCUAACCUAAUGUAGUCGAGGAGGAAGCUCGACUUUUAUCAUGUUUGGUUAGAGAGUUGAAGAGUAGACGGUCAGUUUAAGUCCUGUGUUGCCUUUGCUGGACUGCUGCUAUCACAGCUCCAUGUGUAUCUAAGAACUAAUAAACUCAAGUGAAGCGACAGUGUGCUUUUGUAUCCUCUGUAUGUAAAAACAAAUCUCCAUACAGAUGUUUAUUGAAAAAAAUGUUACAAAUAUGUACAAAUGUCUAAAAUAAGAAGGAAUAAAGGACAAAUAAAGCCAUUUUACUUAUUAACAUGACCACAAAUGAAACAUAAGUGUUAUAUUAUGUCAUGAGCUGUCACGUAGAAUUAAAGCAUGAAUUGUGUUGUUUACUUUCUCAAAUAUAUAAAAUGUCAUUUUAUGCACCACUUUCUCAUGUAAGCAAACAUAAUAAAAGCAUAAAUGUUCAA